UUAUUCUUGUAUAUGGCUCAAAUUUUAGAUUCUAAUAUAGAAUAAAUAGGAGAGAUAGUGAGCAAAAACAAAUUAGAAUUAAAAGCUUAACUUUUAACAAAAAACAUGGAAGCUGAUAUGAGUGUUUCUCAAAUUGAAGAUAAUGGAACUGAUUAUGUGUUGAGAUGUAUUAAAGGAAUGUAUAGAGGAAUGUUCAUAUAUCUUAAUUUAGUGGAAAGUGGAGAAACUAUAGGAAGUGAUGAUAGUUGUACUUUAUAGAUGGAAGAUUGUGGAUUAGAGAGAACUCAUGUCAAAAUUAGAUAUAAAUAUAAUGAAGAAUAGAAGAAAAACGGAUAUCAUCUAACUUGUUUUGGUCCAACUUUAAUUAAGAUUCGUUAUGAUUGUCCAGCCCUUAUUAAAAAUAAUAUGGAAAUAACUAUAGGAAAAUAAAUUUAUAUUAUUCAAACUGUUUAAGAAGGUUUUAAUGAAAUUUUAGAAUGGCUUUAAAUGUAUGAUUUAUAAGGAUUAAAGCAUUUUUUUUUUGGAAACAAUAUUCAUAAUUUAAAAUAAUUAAAAUAGAAUAAGAUUGAUUAAUUAAUAAGUUCUGUAUAAUCUUAUAGUGCCACUCAGGAUUAAUUGAUUAAAUUAAGAGAGGCAUAUAAAUAAAUAGAUGAUAUAAUUCUUUAAAAUUAUGAUGCAUUCAAAAUAAAUUUAUUUGAUAAAUAAAAAAACACAAUAGUAUUAUAAUUUGGAUGGACUGGUGCAACAAUAAGUUCAAAAACAUAAAGAUAUUAAAAACCUCCUGAUAUUCUGUUAAAGAAGUAAGAAAUAGAUGAUUUAGAAGAAAAUCCUGAUUUUGAAUUGUUAAUAAAAUUUAUACAAGGUAAAUAUUGGAUUUGGGGUUCGAAAACUGAUACUUACAAUACAUUUUAUAAAUAAAAUAAGGAAGAGAUCAGAUUAAUAUAACCUGAUGAUGUAAUAAAAUUAAAUAAGAUUGAAUUAUUAGUAUAAAGAUUUAAUUAUGGUUUUUUUUAAGAUCUUGGAACAAAAAGAACAUAAGAAGAUAGUUAUACAAUAAUAUAAGAUUUAUAAGUAAGUAGUAGAGUACCAGUUUCAUGUUAUGCAAUAUUUGAUGGUCAUAAUGGAAAUUCUUGUGUUAAUUAUAUGUCUUAAAAUCUUAUGGAUAAUAUAAGAGAAUAUUUCAAUUAAGAAUAGAAAGAAUUUGAUCAUCAAAGUAAAUUUUUAGCAUUUCUAUUUGAAAAUAUAAGAGCAGCUUUUAAAGAAACAGAUAGUGAUUUUUUAACAGAAGUAGUUUAAGCAAAUGCAUAAAAUGAUUCAGGAUGUGUAGCAGUUGUAGUAAUGAUUAUAGGUGAUUAUAUUGUAAGUAUAAAUUGUGGAGAUUCUAGAGCAAUAUUAUCAAGAUAAGGAGAAGUGAUUAAUUUAACAGAAGAUCACAAACCAAAUGUUCCACUUGAAUAUGCUAGAAUUAAAAGAAAAGGUUGUGGUGAAAUUAUAGGAGGAAGACUUGGAAAUCUUGCUGUUUCUAGAGCUUUUGGUGAUUUUAGUGAAAAAAAGAAAUUUAAAAAAAAUGUUAUUACUCCUAAACCAGAUAUUCGAGUUACAAAAAUUGAUUAUAGAACAGAUGAAUUUAUAUUAUUAUGUAGUGAUGGUAUUAUUGAUGGUUUUGGAAAUGCAGAAGAACCUGAAUAAAAUAAUUAAUAAUAAAUGUCACCUAGUCAAAGAGUUAUUGAAUUUGUUAGAAAUUUAUAUAAAGAAUAAUAAAUUGGAUUUUAAGAUCCUUAAGAUGCUGCUUAAUAAGUUGUAUUGAGAGCAUAUUAAUAUAAUGUUACCUAUAGAAGAUAAUCAGAUAAUAUUAGUUGUAUCAUAGUUAAUCUGACUCGUGGAAUUGUUUUUUGAC